AUGGCUGAGCGAACUGAAACACGAAAGCUCCCGCGAGGUGAGCGAUGCACGCAGUGCGGAGACCGAAGAUACUAUCUGGAGAAUGGCCUUCGGUUUUGCGCAUCCAAUGGCCAUGAGAUCGAGGGCUUCGUUCAAUUUGACAUUGGUGAGGAAGAAGACUCUGGUAAGAUGGGCAUGGUCACAAGAAAAGAGAAGGAACGCAAGGAACGAGAAAGAAAGCACCUCACUGGACUAGCGGGUAAGAGCUUGUUUCUGGAAGCUCUCCAGCUCAUUUUGAGGUACCAGCUGUCCUGGAUGAUCCACGAAAAAGGCUUCAGAGAUGAACUUGAAACGGUUGUUCGUGACCUCUGGGAUCUCCGAAUCCGGGCUUUCUCAUCCCUCGUUCCAGAUGAGACCGAGGCUCCGGACACAUUGGAGGUGUUCAGUUCUCAGCCGCUACCCGACGAAGGAGAAGUUGUCGUAAAAUCAAGCGCGACAAAUCGGAGUUGGGACGCCGAUAGAGGGUCCAACUGGCCCAUGCCCAAGAUGAGCGAUACUUUAGGCUUAUGUUACCUCGGUUGUCUUCUUCUCAGGAUCCCAAUACGUAUCGGGGAGAUUUUUCAAUGGGUUACUAGCAACAACAUGCCCUACAAUCGAGUAUAUUUCAGCCUGCCUCAGGAGAUGAAAGACCGAAUGCCAUCGUUUUUCACCCAAGCGCUGAAAUUGCCCUUUCAAACUCCCCUUGUUGGUGGAGAGCUACACCAAACAAUUUUACACUUGGUGAUGUCCUUUAGCUUCAACUACGAGCUCAUAUUCCCGGCCCUAUCUUACGUGCCGAUUUUCGUCCAGCUAGCAAGAAAUCUUUCACUACCAGCCGAGGUGAUUCAUGGGGCAAAAGAGCUCUCAAGCGCCCUGAGUUGCACUUUCCAAUACCCAAUUCGAAAGCAGCGGGUGUUUCCAAUAGAUCACCCUGAAAUCCUUUUGAUAUCAUUGCUGAUUAUUUCAACAAAACUAUGCUUUCCUUUCGAUGGCAGCCGCCCCCUUGUCACAGAUGGAUAUACAUUUGAUUGGGAGCGGUGGUCUCAAGCAAGAGCAAAACAAGAACCGCCAAAUCAUGAAAAGCACUCAAUGACCGAGUACUCGGCUCAGGAAAUUGUGUCACUAGACGAUGAAGAGCUGGACCAAUUCUUCUCGCAGCUUGCAAGCUUAAACGAUAGUAAAAUUAAGAAUCCGGUUACCAGGUUUUUCCCUGUAGAGAACGUUCCAGAGCUAGAGCCUCCAGUACCAGAAAUUGUUCCUCAGGAACUAGAUGCGGGCGUGAAGCAGGUCUUAUCCGAAGCCAUUCAAAAGUCAUCCGGUUCAGGCGAAGAGACUACCAACGAGGAUGCAGAUCUAGGUGUUAAUUACGAAGCAUUCAAUCACCUCGAGGAUCUAAAUGCGCCUGGAAAAACUCUUUACGAAGCUGCAGGUAAGAAUGAGCUCUAUUCAAUACACAAGACCACUCACUAA